AUGGAUGAGAUUGCAAAGGAGUACGAUGUCAUUGUGCUGGGCACUGGCUUGACCGAAUGUAUUCUCUCUGGUGUGCUAAGUGUCAAGGGCAAGAAGGUCCUGCACAUUGACCGCAACGACCACUAUGGCGGCGAAGCCGCGUCAGUGAACCUCGAAACGCUCUUCAAGAAGUAUGGAAACUUCCAAGCUGGCACAGAGCCCUGGAAAAACUACGGCCGACCCAACGACUGGAACAUUGAUCUCGUCCCCAAGUUCCUCAUGUCCUCUGGCGAGCUGACCAACAUUCUCGUUUCCACCGAUGUUACCCGAUAUCUCGAGUUCAAGCAAGUUGCUGGCAGCUAUGUCCAGCAGGGUGCUUCUAACAAGGCCACUGUUGCCAAGGUGCCUUCUGAUGCCGGCGAAGCUCUCAAGUCCCCGCUUAUGGGUAUCUUUGAGAAGCGUCGUAUGAAGUCCUUCAUCGAGUGGGUUGGCACUUUUAACCCCAAGGACCCUGCAACGCAUAAGGGACUUGACUUGAACACCUGCACCAUGAAGGACGUUUACGACAAGUUCGGCCUUGAGGUCACCACCAAGGACUUCAUUGGCCACGCCAUGGCCCUGUAUCUCACCGAUGACUACAUCACAACCAAGGGACAGGCUCCCGAGGCCAUUGAGCGCAUCCGCCUAUACGGAAACUCUGUCGCCCGAUACGGAAAGUCCCCUUACAUCUACCCUCUCUACGGUCUCGGUGAGCUGCCCCAGGGCUUCGCUCGUCUUUCCGCCAUUUACGGUGGCACCUACAUGCUCAACACCAAUGUGGAUGAGCUGCUCUUCGAUGGAGACAAGGCUUCCGGCAUCAAGGCCACCAUGAAGACUGGUGCUGAGGAUAUGAAGUUUGAGACCAAGGCCAAGAUGAUCCUCGGUGACCCAUCCUACUUCCCCAACAAGGCGAAGAUUUCUGGCCACGUCCUGCGAGCCAUCUGCAUCCUCAAACACCCCUUGGCCGGCACCAACGAUAGCGACUCUGCUCAGCUGAUUAUUCCCCAGUCUCAAGUUGGUCGCAAGAAUGACAUCUACAUUGCUUGCGUAUCGUCUGCCCACAAUGUCUGCCCCAAGGGCUACUGGAUCGCCAUCGUUUCCACUAUUGCCGAGACAUCUGCCAACCACCACCUCGAGCUGCAGCCUGGCCUGGAGCGCCUGGGCAAGAUUGAAGAGCAAUUCAUGGGCCCGCCGAUCCCCAUCUAUGAACCCCUUGAGGACGGGAAGAAAGACAACCUCUUCAUCUCCAGGAGCUAUGACGCAACUAGCCACUUUGAGACUACUACCGACGAUGUCAAGGACAUUUAUCGCCGCUGCAUGGGCGAGGAGCUCAAGGUUGAAGGUCUGAGAGAGGGCAUCACUGUUGCUGAGGAGUAA